CGGCGGUGAGGGGCGGCGGGGCCGUGUGAGGGAGGCGGCGGCUGCUGCUUCCUCCCCCCCGUCCUCCUCCUCCUCCUCCUCCUCCUCCUCCUCCUCCUCCUCCUCCGCCCUCGCCACUCGGCGCCUGGGGCCGGGCCGCGCUCGCCGGGGGCGGCGGGAUGAUGAUGGCGUACUUCGCCGAGAGCUUCUGGGGGGAAAGAAACAAUGGCUUUGACGUUCUCUAUCAUAACAUGAAGCAUGGACAUUUGUCAACAAAAGAAUUAGCAGACUUUAUUAGGGAAAGGGCUACAAUAGAGGAAGCAUAUUCAAGGUCAAUGACAAAACUAGCUAAAUCAGCAAGCAAUUACACACAACUUGGGACAUUUGCACCAGUUUGGGAUGUUUUCAAAACCUCAACAGAAAAACUAGCAAGCUGCCAUUUGGAUCUUGUGCGGAGAUUACAAGAGCUAAUAAAAGAAGUUCACAAGUAUGGAGAUGAACAAAUUAAAGCUUAUAAAAAGACUAAAGAAGAAGUUUCAGGAACAUUGGAAGCAGUGCAAAGCAUUCAAAGUAUCACUCAGGCCUUACAGAAGUCAAAGGAAAACUACAAUGCAAAGUGUCUUGAACAAGAACGUUUGAAAAAGGAAGGAGCAACACCAAGAGAAAUCGAUAAGGCAGCAGUUAAGUCAAAAAAAGCUACAGAUACCUAUAAACUGUAUGUGGAGAAAUACGCUACAGUUAAAUCUGAUUUUGAGCAGAAAAUGACAGAAACUGCACAGAAAUUUCAAGACAUUGAAGAAACACAUCUUCUUCAUAUGAAAGAGAUUAUAGAAUCAUUGUCAAAUACCAUAAAGGAAAUUCAUUUACAAAUAGGAGAGGUUCACGAAGAGUUUAUUAAUAACAUGACAAAUACUACAGUUGAGAGUUUAAUACAGAAAUUUGCUGAGUCAAAAGGAACUGGCAAGGAAAGACCUGGCCCUAUUGAAUUUGAAGAAUGUAAUACGUCCACUGCUGUUGAAGGGAUAAAACCACGGAAGAGGAAGCCCUUUGGUUUAUCAGGAAUAAUGAAAAAAGAAAAAGAUACUGAAUCUGUGGAGUGUCCAGAUGCAGACUCAGUUAACAUUCCUGAUGUAGAUGAUGAAGGAUACAGCAUUAAACCAGAAACAACACAGGAUACCAAAGAGAACCACUUCUAUUCAUCCAGUGAUUCUGACUCUGAAGACGAUGAACCCAGGAGGUUCCAUAUAGAAAUAAAACCUGUACAGCCAAAUAAUAGCUCUCAAUAUACCAUGCCUUCCCUGGAUGAAUUAAAAGUAUCUAUAGGGAACAUUGCCCUUUCUCCAGCAACAUCCCAGAGACACAGUCCUGCACAAAUGAACAGAAAUUCAUCCAGUGAAGAGUUAACCAAAUCAAAACUUUCUGCUCCAACUAAUGAAAAGGGGAACAGUGACCUUCUGGCAUGGGAUCCACUCUUCAGCAGUUCUCUUGAAUCAUCCUCUUCAGCUUCCUUGGCAUCCUCAUCUUCCUCAGCUACUCUAAGAGAGCACAAUAGGAAUUGCUCUUCAUCUACCAAUGAUUUGCCUGGGUGUAGAGUAUCUCAGUCUUUGCUUGGACACCAGACAGAUUCUGGGUCUAGAAGCCCAUCCUCACCAGACUCUACCAUUAGCACUUUGUGCAAAUCUGGUGUUACAGAAGCACCAUCAGGGAGUACUUUAUCCUCUGUUUCAUGGUCUCUGAGUCAGUGGAUUUCCUUUGCUGAUGAACUUCUUACAAGUAGAGACACAAACACAGACAAGAAGGAGCCCCCAGUAUUGCCAUUCACAACUGAAAAUGCCUGCCUUGCCUCUUCUGCUUUGCUUGGGAAUUCUUCCAACAGCUGUGCUUCUGAGGAUCAAAGUGACCUUUCAAAUAAUGCUAUAUGCCAUGAACAAUUAUUCAUUGAAGAAACUGGCACUGCUGCUGAAAUUCCUUCCACAUCAUCUUCAGCACUACUGGAAUAUAGUUUAGUGUCUCCUUGUGUUCAUACAAAUAAGGCAAGACCCACAACUCCUCUUUCUGUAGGCACCAUUGUACCCCCACCAAGGCCUGCCUCAAGACCAAAGUUGCCUACAGGGAAACUUAGUGGAAUUAAUGAAAUACCUAGGCCAUUCAGCCCUCCACUGACCUCUAACUCAAGUCCACCACCUGCAGCUCCCUUGGCACGUGCUGAGAGCAUCUCCUCAAUAUCCUCUUCUGCUUCCCUCAGUGCAGCAAACACACCUACAGUUGAGGAUGAUCUUUUGAUUGGAACACUUCAUCCAAUAGAAAGGCUUUGUGACGCACCACCAGGUAUUGUAUUAGAAGCAGACUUAAAUGUUAACUAAUCAUUCUAAUGCACUGCACCUAAUAAAAUUGUAUUUCUUUUGGAACAAGUUUCUCCAGCUAUUUCUGGUGUCUGGCAGACACAAAUAGCUUGAAAGUGCAACUUCUUAAUGUGUUAUAUAUUACCAAAAUGAUCAAAACUUUAUUUAACCACUUCUUUGCAGCAUAGUCUUCUAUCCAUUUCUCCAAACAUGCUGACAUCUGGUCUCACUUCUUUAGUUUUGCUUUACUGCUUUUAUUCAAAAAAAGGGAAUACAUUUUUACUCUGACGGUCCUUAUUCUCGUAAGACAAGUAGGUAAAAACAUUUAUAUAUAUUCAUAUAAUACAAAGCUUUGAAGACACUGAUUAAAGACAGUCUUUUAUAAAAUAAAAAAAAUAUAUGUAUUUUCACCCAAACAGCUUAGCCGAUGUUAAAAUCACCUGAGUCUUUAUUCCUGAAUUGAACUGAAACGCUCUGGUCAAAUUUAUUUAUUUGGCCUUUUUAUGACCAAUGAUACGAGCUUUUAUUCAGCAGUUUGCCACCUUCUUCAAUAGUGUCAAUGUCACUGUGUGUCAGCACAGCUGAGGUGCUGUUAAUGGUGAUCAGGACAUCAAGGCCAGCUAUGCAGGUACUGCAGAACAUCCUGCAGCUGGACCCUUGGGCUGUGCUGCAGUCUGAGAUGCAGCAAGUCCACCUUGGCACAGCUCUAUGGCUUCCUGCCCCUCUGAAAGGGUGCAGCAGACAUGGAAUGCCGUGAAGCAGCAUAGUGGUGCAUUGUAUUGUUAGGCUUGUAUUUCCAGCUGCAAAGCAACAAAACAAUCACAUCUAGUGUUUGGUUAGACAGUUUUAUAUGUUUUGCUUCAUUGUUUUUAAGGAGAAUGCUUAGAUUUCAUGAAUCAUAAGGGGUGAUAAAGGUUGAGAGCUGUGGAAAUAAGUAGUAGUCCCUAAGACACACCUCAGAGAACUGCUUAUACAUACAUACAUUUGCUUUGGUAUUACUGGAAAAAUGUAAAAUAGCCUUAUUGUUACUAAUAAUUUUCCCUGUUUGGUGAAGAAAUCAAUGUUUGUCUUUUGCUGAUAGGAAUAUAAUUUAUAUAUUCGCAUUACUCUUGAUCUUAAAAUAUCACUGUAAAGAUAUCUGCAACACUUUCAUAAAUAAAAGAUUUAGAUACAAUUUAUAAAUCUGUAGACAAUCUGACGUAAUAUGACAUAAAAACCUCUUAUGGGUUCUGCAGUUGUUUGUUGUUCCUGUAAGUGCAUAUUUUGACUUAGGUGGAGAAUACUUACGGAGUUCAAUAUUUUGUCAGACAGAAUUUUGUGAAUGGGUAUGUUGGUUGUUAACACAGAGUUUUAAUGCCUAUUAUAUUUUUUGAAGUCAUUAUUUCUGCAUUCCUAAGACUACUGAAAAUCACAGCUUUUAUUGCUAGCUUCCAUGGAGAGAAACACAACACUGGAAACAUGACCUGUGUACUCUAAAAGAACAAAUAAAAAUGAUCUACUGUUUAUAUUAAAAAAAAAAAAAAAAAAAAAAGGCAUCAUAACAUUUCUUUCAUUGAAGUAUCUUUUGUUUUUGAACACUUGUGACUAGAGCAGUACUAUGCAUCUAAGAGGGCCUAAAGUCUGCACUAAUACCUUUUCAUAGCACUGAGAAAUACUCUGAACGUUUUCAUACCUUAGGCAAGAAAAGAAAUCAUGAUGGAGGGCAACGUAUGAAAGUAGCAGAAUUAGACCAACUCUCCUGUCUUUUACUGUUCUGUUAAUACUUCUUUCUCUUAUCUCUGUGUUUAAGCAUAAAAUCACAUAGUAGACCUUCUGUGAAGAACAAGGUCUCAAAUUCCUUUUUAUUUGUGAAAGAGCCCAGAAGGCACAGCUGCUAUUUUAAAGUAAAUAGGAGAUCAGUUUGCCAUUAGCAAUGUUAUACAGAAGCAUUUUGUUUCUGCUUCACGGUAUGAAAAUCAAGUUUCUCAUUUUGCUUAUGACAUGAGAAAGACUGUGCCUCCUUUAUGAUAGAUAUAUUAUGUGAUAGAAACCAUUUCAGCAGUGGUACCAAAAAUCAGUAAGAUGCGCUCUACUAUGCAGCUGCAGUUAUAAAAAAAAAUGAAAAUUCCAUUGUUGUGGUUUAUAUUACGUAGCUGGCUGCACAUUGGAAAAGACUGAUAAAAGUAAUAUCCCAUGACAGCCAGUUUUUUCAGUUGUACAGAAUUUAAAAAGUCGUAGCAUGAAGUCUGAGUUGAUCUUUGUAGGUUUGCAUUUUAACUCUGUUGUGUAUGCACAAGCACUUAUGAAGGCUGAUGCAAGCCUGAUAAUUAUUUUUCUUGUGAACUGCGGUGUAUUUCCAAGUACCUCCGAGGUAGUCCCAGAACCCUAACUACAAAAACAAUAGAAAACAUAGCAAAAUAUUUCUCCAGCAAUUUCUGCUUGGAAAUUUAAUGUUUGUUGGCUGAAGUUGUUAAAAGAACAUUCAACAGUUAUGCAGAGUAAUAUAAAUGUAUAUGCAUUUAAAUUCAUACAUGCUGUAGCUGAAUUCUUUGCAUUUCCCUGACCAUUUUGUCAUACCUUUUUCCAUGCAACAAGCAUACAGUAGGGUUUGUUUUUUGUUGUUGUUUCUUUUAAGUAUUGUAGUUAAUGUCCAAUGUCCUUUGAAUCUGUUGACUUUGGUGUUACCAUUAGCCAUUUUAAUGCAACAUUCCUCUAGCUCAUAUGUAUUUCCUUGUGUCUGUCCAUUUUUACAGUAUGUCAUAUUGAUAGUCCUGUUUUCUUAGGCUGCUAAGCAGUGUUUUGGUGGUGUGUUUGUACUGUACUUGUUUAUAUUUUUCUAAUAUCUGUUCAAGUACCACUUCAGGCCCUACUGUGACCUUAAUGGUAGUAAUGUCUUGUGAAAAUGACAGAUACAGUCAACCAUUCUGAAAUCUAUUGCUAAGCUUUUAUAAAUUAAACCUAUACACUGUAUGUAUUCUAGGUGUUUCACGUGGUCCCAGCCCUGUCAGCCUUGGAAACCAGGACACCUUGCCUGUUGCAGUAGCCCUUACUGAAUCUGUUAACGCCUACUUUAAAGGAGC